AUGGGCAGGCAUAUCUUCAACAUCGUCAACCAGAGCAAGCUGCUCAAAGCCCCGUCCAAGGAGGCCCAGCAGCUUGGACUGAGCCAGCAGUUCCCUUCCCACAUAUUUCCUCAACAGGAACCUUCCUCAGUAGCCCCUGAGGUUUGCGGUAAAGGCUUUGCUACACAGGAUCCCUUGAAGUGCUCUCCAGAUGAUCUUUCCAGGCUUGCCAGCUGGAUCGAGUCAAAGCUCGUCAUCUGCUACUUAAAACUGGGAAAUCCCAGUCUAACCUUGUCCAUCCCUCUUGUCUCCCCAGGGUGCAUCAUUCAGAACCCCUCUCACUUCUGCAAUCACCUACGCCAAGCCGCCUGCUUUCAGUGCCUGCACAGAUACUUGGAGGCUGCCAGAAGCGCCACGGUGGCACAGUGUCUGUAUGUCCUGGCCGAAGGAGCGGGGCUGGAGACCAGUGACCUCCUCCAGCUGUAGUGGCAGGCUAUGACUGAAGAAGACCUCAGUGGAGAAAUUUCUUUUUCUGUUCUGUACACACCUUUUGAGAAAGAGGACAAGGCUGACAAAAUAAAGGAGGCCAACAAAACUUUUGCUGAGAGGCACCCUGAAGACGUGCAGCACAUUUUUCCCUAUGCAGAUCUGCAUGGAAUUCACCUUUUGCCAGAGACAGCUGUAUUUCAUCCUGGCCAGCAGUACUUACUCACUCUGGGCUUCAGAAACAAAGAGUUUGGAAAAACCUUGGAAAAGUUUGUAACUCAAAAGCUGCCAAUCUUUCCAGGCCAGAAAAUAACUUUCAGUCCCAGCAUGGAGGAAGAAGCAGAACCACUUUGGCAGAGCACUGGGAAAAGGAUCAUGGCAGCCGUGGCUUUUAUAGGAAGCACCAAGAUCAAGGUGAGACAAGCAUGCCUGUGUGCUGGGGCCAUUGAGCAGUUCCACCACACCACCCUGCUCAGCCACCUGCAGAGAGGGGAGCAAUAGGCCCAAGUGAUGACCCAGGCGAUGGCUGAGCUGACAACUGUUCCCUACCUGCAGAGAGUCUCUCAGGAGAAAGGGAAACACAACAAAUAG